AUGCUGCACUGUUUGCAUCUAUGGGGGGUCGAUGGACGUCCUAGUCUCGUUUCUCCUGAAAGUCUGGCACUUUUUUGGUACCUGGGCGAUGAGCUCGCGGGGGUCCCCGCAAGGCAGCGGUCUGACUGGGAGCUAGUGUUCUCUAACAACACUAGCUUGUCCCCGACUGGGGUGCUGCCCUUACUGUGCCUGAUAGAGGAUGAUUUGGAGGACGGUAGACGUAAAGUGAUGAGGAAUAUUUGCGGGUACGGCGACAUUGUACAGUACAUUAUCAACGAGGUCCAAUGCCGGAACACUGGGUUGCUCGAUCUGGCUGCUGGGGUACACUACUUGAAAAGGGAGCUUGGGCUUCUCACACUGUACCAGAUGUACUUGAACAGAGACAACUACGUGCAGUUUACUAGGAAGCAGUUUUCAAAGCUACUAUAUUGGCCAAUGUGGUAUAACGCUCCGAUACAGACUAGGGCGAAAGUCAAGAGGCAAUGCGAGGAACGGUUGGCAUUGGAGUUUCUGCCCCUUGACGAGGACGAUCUUGAGGACACACCGUCCGAGUUGCAGGGGGCAAUGGAGCAACCUGAGCAGUUGACGCAAUCGAAGACGUUUAGACUCAAACAAUCUCAAAAUAUGAGAAGGAAAGAGGAGCUAUCAGCCAAGAAGUUAGAGUUACAAUUUUUCCACAAAUUGAUUGAAGUAUUGCACCACUCGCAGGUGCUAGAGGAUGAGUUACACACCGAUUUUGAGUUUGCAUACACGAAUUUAUUGCAGGCCUACGUGUACGUCUUGGUAAAUCUACCAGAUGGUGAUAGCACGAGGGCUCGUAUUGAAAGAGAGUUUGGAUCAGAGUAUUUGCAGGGAAUAGAGCACGCCAUAGAUUUGAAGAACAACGGCGCCGGUCUCCUAAAGAUACGAGAAGCUCAAUUCCAGGAACAGGGCAAUAUAAUCAUGUCAGUAUACCACAAGGCCAGACAAACGGCUCAGUACUUAUCGGGUGAAGCAUGGUAA